GCAAGACUGCAGGCCGAGUUUGCUGUGGCAGGUUGGUUUACCGUCUUCCUUGGACAUCGCCGGCAUCCCCGAAUGUGUGAUAUCCCAUAAUCACGCAAGCUACCCCCCACCAUUAGGUCUUGGCCGGUUGUAGAUGCGGGACUACACAGCACUAUAUGCCAGCUAUAAAAAGGGAUUUGAAUCUUUCACAAUCCCGAAAGUUUAGUAGGCGAAUAGUUAAGCCCCAUGGCUGGCUGCCCACCGCUUUUUGUAUCAAAUUCAACGCCAUGCCAACUAGCACCGAGACUGUGGUCAAGCCGUACGGCACAUCGCCCAGCUGGAGGACCGCCGCCCUGCUGAUCAACCCCAUGGAGCGAGAACUCACCCUCCGCGCCAUCCGCAAAGCGCUUGCCGCAACAACAGCAACCUCAGGCCCAUCAGCCAAAACAACAACCAAAGCUUAUCGCAGAAAUUCGCGGCGGGCCGGGCAAGCUAAGGUAGCCUUCCUGCUCGACGACCAAGGCUACCAGGUCAACUUGAUUGACCAGGUUGAGUAGCCCAGGCGCAAGCAUCACACUCUGAAACUGUAAGCAACAACAACACCAACGCCACUACUAAAAAGAAUAACAACAACAAAGAUGAUGGUACUAGAGUAGGAUUGCUCCAUGGCAUCAGCGACGGCCGUGUCCCACGCCCCGCGUCUGUCUAUGAAGCCUGGCGGCAGUGAUGUUGAUGGCGGUGUGGUAUUCGGCGGUGUUUAGUGAGCGGCGUGGCGCACCUGAGGGAUGUGUAGCGUGGUGCAGGAUCGCGCGUGGAUCGUGAAAGGGGAAGGGGGUUCUAGAAUAGAUAUGCCAGUAUACCAAAUCACCUUUCCUCACUUGCCUAUCUCUAUGUCAGUAGGCAAUCAGCGGAAGGGCUCCUUGGGUAACUGAGUGCUGAUAAAUGGAAUGGAAUGAGUUCCGCA